CAUCAGUGCCUCUCUUCACUCUGAAGCCAUUGGCUGUUACUGCUUCCACUGUAGUACGAGAACAAUGGCAUUGCAACUACUAGUCUCUCUGAUGCUGAGUUCUCUGAUGGGGGUGGCGUGGGGCGCGGGCAGCAGCUUCUACUCGGAGUUCGAGGUGACGUGGGGGGAGGGGCGCGGGAAGAUCGCGAACAACGGGCAACUGCUGACGCUGACGCUGGACCGCAGCUCCGGCUCCGGCUUCCAGUCCAGGAAGGAGUACCUCUUCGGCAAGAUCGACAUGCAGCUCAAGCUCGUCCCCGGCAACUCCGCCGGCACCGUCACCGCCUACUACUUGUCGUCGCAGGGGCCGACGCACGACGAGAUCGACUUCGAGUUCCUGGGGAACCUGAGCGGCGACCCCUACACCCUCCACACGAACGUGUUCACGCAGGGCAAGGGCGACAGGGAGAUGCAGUUCCGCCUCUGGUUCGACCCCACCAAGGACUUCCACACCUACUCCAUCCUCUGGAACCCCCGCCACGUCAUAUUCAUGGUGGACGAGGUGGCGAUCCGGGACUUCAGGAACCUGGAGUCGCGGGGGAUCGCGUUCCCGAAGAGGCAGCCGAUGAGGAUCUACUCGAGCCUGUGGAACGCCGACGACUGGGCCACGAGGGGCGGGCUCGUGAAGACGGACUGGAGCCAGGCGCCCUUCACCGCGUCCUACCGCAACUUCAGCGCCGACGCCUCCCCCAGCAGCGGGGGCUGGUUCAACCAGGAGCUCGACUCCGCCACCCUCGCCAGGAUGCGCUGGCUGCAGCGCAAUUACAUGAUCUACAACUACUGCGCCGACGCCAACCGCUUCCCCCAGGGCUUGCCCCCGGAGUGCUCCAUCGCCUGAUUCAUCGUACCAACCACCCAGAUCGAUCGCUUCAAAUUAACCACGAAACGAAAGAAAAGGAACGAACGAACGAACGAACGAACGAACUCAUCAGUUCCUUUUCCUC